GGCCAACUAGUGGAAAUUUCUCGCCAAAAUUCUCAUUUUAAUAAAUGACGCAAUUCCGUUGUGUUUAACGGCACACAGGCGUCUGAGUAAUGGGUUGAUUCUGAUUUAUCAUGAAAUGACAACGAUGAGCUCAUUUUACGAGCCUUUGGGCAAGUCGCUCUCUAAAUUAAAGAACAAUAUCGCAAAUACCUUCAAAAGGUACAGUAAUAUGCGGGAAGAUGUCCACGUUGAGGAGGAGAACACGCCCAGUGACCUCGGCAAUUCGAGGCCUUUGAGUUUAAGUCAACUGAACAGCACAAACGAUGAAAUAGUGGCCAAGGAGGUCUCCAAAGUAGCAGAAGUCAGAGGCGUGCACUCUGGAGACGCAGAAGAGGAGCUGAAAAAUGAGUACAUUAAAAAGGUUGGAAAGGACUUUACACAAGUUGGACUGAAAACGUACAUUGAGGCAGUAAAGGAUGCAAAAAGGUUUAGGGAGCGAUGCUUUUACACACUCUCGCGUAGACCGUACGCGGAUUACGAGUCCCAGGAGACUCCAACGUCUGCUCCGGAACCUGAAGCACACACUGACUAUACCAGGGAACUGGAUAAAUCAGCCUAUAAUACGCCCCUAAAAGUAUCCAGAAGAACUGCACUUGAUACUCCUUCAAAGGAGUCGAUACUCAGGGAAAUGCUUGGGGAACAGGUCUCUGUUCAAAAGGAAGCUGACGAAGUAAUGAGUUAUGAUGAAAAGCUGCGGGUCCUACAACGUAUAGGAAUUGGCGACGACUAUAUCGCCAAUAAAGUUUGUAGCCGUUAUACACCGUCAAGAGAACCAAAGUUUGGCAAAUUGAAGCCACUCACCGCCUUUAGCAUGUACGCUAGGCAGAGCAACAUGGAGGAGAAUAUAUCGCAAGAGUUUAAAGCUGCAGAGUUGGAUACCCCUAUACGGAUCUUUACCCCAACUAGGACAAACGAGGAAUCUUCUAGUGUUUUUAAGCAGAUUUCUUCCACGCUGGACAAGAGUCGUUCCACAAGUGAUUCCGGGAAUUUGCUCUUUCUACCAAUUUCUACCUAGUGAUUCUAUACUGGUAUGGAAAAUUGUAACGGUUC